UACUUAUCUAUAUUUUUCACUUAAUUAUCCCACAGAAAUGGAUUUUCUGCGUGUGCGUGCCUGUGUGUGCAUGGUGUGAAAGAGAGCAUUCUCUGGCCUAGAAUCUAAUCCACUUAGUGGUGCUCUUUGCAUCCGGCUUGUUGCCCGUCAGACACUUCCUCCAAUGAUGGACAAGACUGGCAGACACAGAGAGGCUACGUACAGGACUGAAAUAGGAUGUUGAGGCUCUUGAUUGUUGCCACUAUUCAAUGGCAGAGCUGGAAUCAAUACUUUUUGCUCUAAUCGUGCAGCUAUUGCAAUGCACUCAAGAAAGCCAUUCUUAUAACAAUAUCUUGUUAUUUCUCGCCUCCUUUUCUUAUACACUACAAUUGCAUAUCCAUGCAAAACUGUAUAAUGUACAUGAAUAUAUCUGCAACUCAUUCUAUGGCUCUGUGUAAGCACAGCACAUAGUAUUAUAUCUGUGGUAGUAGUGGAUGGGUUGUUGUUAGCUGUGUUUAAAAGAUUAACCAGUCCUAGGAGCUUAGUGUUAGCAGCACUCACUGUGCUCUGCUUCCUUACUCUGUCGCUAUCUCUGGACCCUACUGUAGAUAGAGUUCAUGCAGAACACCUGAAGACUUCUUGGCAUGCUUCUGUGCCUUUUUUAUGGAGAUUUAAAUGGGAGUUUGAAGAGAAACUCCUUAACAUCCAUGCAUGCUUUUUCUUUGGUUCAGAACUGAGGUGUUUACCUCUCCUGCUUGUAGAGACUGCUACUGAGGGACAGAAGACAGGCAACCAUGAGACUGUACUCAAUGCUGCUUCUGCUCCUGGGGUCCUCACACGGGGUAUUCGCACAGCUGCCUGAGUUAAUGGAGGAGGAAGGUAGCGCUGUGACAGAGGUGGCUCCAGAGCCAGAACCUGUGGAUGACACCUACUGGUCAGGCACAGCACCCAUCUGUAUGGGAGGUUGUAAGGGGAGACACCAGGAACUGAAGAAGGAUCGCUGUGGGGACUCUGACUGCUGCUGGUUUGGCUAUAAAUCGCUCUGCAGAGUGAACUGUGGGAGGCCUGAUGUGGACUAUAAUGGGAUGGUGUACGGGAACGACUGGUGGGUGGGCUCAGUUGUCCGGUAUGCCUGUCGCUCUGGCUUCCUAUUGGUGGGGGACCCUGCCCGAGCCUGCCAGUCCAAUGGAGGCUGGACCCCCAAACCCUCCUGUCUCAGGGUGUGUCGUCAGGGCCGUGUGGAGAUCACUGAGAAGGAGCUAGAAACAGCUACCUGCUCCUCCACCUGUCCUCUUAAGUCCUACAUGGGGCCUCUUAAGCAGGGCUGCUAUGGCAUUGACAACUGCAGAAAGAUGAAUCCUGACUGGAAGCGCUGGUUCACCCGCUGUGACACGUGCCUGUGUGAUUGUCACAUCGCCUGUGUAUCUUUAGGUUAAAAGACGGACAAAUUCCACUAUUGAGUGACUAGAAUAUGUAUUCCAAAACCAUCGCAAGGAUAUCGGUGAACAGCCUAACAUCACAGAUCCUCAUUGGAAUCUCAAUCGGAAUGCUUGAAUCCUCGUCGGACUAUUGCUGCUUCAUCUGCUGUCAAAAAGAGGAUCAAAGGGAAACCUAGCGAGACAUCUCUGUGGAACUAACAACAGUCUGUUGUGAGAGACUGCGGUCCUAACCUCAACAACCUCAUAGGGUUAACGUAUAGAACACAGUGGAGGUAAAGACACUACUUUUCCUCAGUUUCCUAAAUAAACUCCCUGACUACAUAAAGUACUCAUCAUGCAGCGUAUAUUAACAGUUUUGACGAUAGAGGGGGAGGCCUCUCCUAGUGUAGAGGUUCUGUUGGGAUUAACAAGUUGUCCUUUAGCUCAACCUGCUCAUUCAAUCUGUCCUGGAACCUAGAAUGAGCUAGUUGUUGAGCUGAGACCUUAAUCUUGUUACCCACCGCAGCCCAGAGGAGAGUAGAGGUGUCGGUGGAAGUCAGAGAGGAGGACCAGGUUAACUAUCUAACAGCAUGUUUACUGUACUGCAUGUGGGGAUAGCUUGGAAUAACAUAAUAUGCAAUGUGUAUUUCUAAAUGGAUGGGGAUAUACAAUAUUAACGAAGUGUGUCUUCAUUUAUCCUUAUGUUACAGCCAUUGGAUGGACUGUUGUAUUGCUUAAGAGUUACCCAGAUGUAGAUGGUUGUCCAAAGUCAAAGGUGCUUCCUCACUAACAAUGUUAGUUGUUGAUGAUUUGUCAUUGUCUUAUAAAUCCAACUCUGUGUUUAGACCAUAGGGAUCUAGAUUAAUUCUAUUUUGAAUCCAUUCUAUUUAAUUAUAUUUGUUUUAGAUCAAGAGCUGAGCCUCAGGAUAUGUUUGUUUUCUUUGCGUUUGUAGCAGCCAACUCCUGCAAUGAAAUGAACAUGACCAAGUCAAACAUUAUUUUGUCUUAGUAAUGCUAUUCUAACAACUGCUUAUUACACACAGAAUGGAAUAGUGUUGUACAUACUGGGAGAACAGAAGAAUAAGAGAUGAUUCAUAAGCACUGUUUUAGACCCGCAAGAACCUGCAUCCAUCCUGGUCUGAACCACAGAGGACUCUGACAGUAGCUCCCAGGAGGUCUGAUUGGCCUCAUUUCCAGCCACUCAAUUCACACGCUUCCAGGUGCAGCCCAAAGUCUGGGUAACUGUUUCUCUGUGAACCUAUUAAAUGGAGAGCAACAAGUGUAAGUUCAUCAUGCACAACAAGGCAGGAUAGGCUAUGAUGACUGACCAUACCGUACAACAUUUUGAUAAGAGAAAUUGACUUUGAUUUCUGGAAGUAUGUCAUUGUAAAAUGUAUAGAAUUAAGCCUGAAAAUGUAUGAUUAUACAAGAGAUUACAUAGACUUCUCUGUCAAAUAAAAUGUAUUUAAAUUUGUGUUUAGUGUUAAUAAUGAUGCUAAUACUGACCAAUGUUCCUUACUUAAAGUCGUGGUCUGGGUCCUCCAGUCUCCUCAUGGGCCCCAAUAGUACUCCCCCUUCCACUACCGAGCUGGAGUAGACCUGACUGACCAACCAAUUCUCCAUUGGACAGCUCACUCUCACACAGACAGCCUGAUAGGCACUGCCACCCUCACUGGACCUACAAGAUGCAACAAGAACCCAAGAUAAUGAAGGCUUAUUAUGACCCUUCAAGCGGGUAUGUACUCUCUUUAGUGUUCAAUAUGAAACUAUGAUAACCGUAAAUUAAAAGACAGGUAAUAGCAUUAUGUAGUAUUAGUGACAGUUUAAUGUGUACGCUGACAUUUACUUUCAUAUUCAAUCAACCGACAUGAGCGAUACUGUUUGCAGGCCAUGACCUACAGCAACACAAUAUAUAGAUGUGAAUGUGGCACUUUAGCUGUAAUAUGUCAGAGCACCCAAUAAAUAUAAUUGGAACUCACCUCCCUGUGCGAGUGUCCCCAGUAUCAACAGCUGCAGAAGAGCCACAGAGAGGAGAGUUGUAAGUCCUGGUGCCAUUAUGAUGAUACUACCUGCGUCUCAAAUCCAGGUGUCUCUUGCUCUGUCACACACACGAGCACUUCUUCAACUGUACUUCUUAUUUAUCCAUUCAGCAAAAGGCAUUGUGGAAUAAGGUCAGCACGCUCUUUAAGAACUCACGCGUAUGACAAAUCAACACUGCACCUUUUUAUUUAUUUUACCAGGCAAGUCAGUUAAGAACAAAUUCU